AUGUCUCUCGCCGACUAUACCUUCGAUCCAAGUGUUCUUCACGAGUUCUACCGUGUAGAAGAGUUACCUCAUCUAAGCUCCGAAUUGACCCCCAUCCCCCGUCAACUUCAAGCCACGAUCGCCCUGCUGCAGCCUCUACGGAACACCGACAUCCUCGAAUCAUGUCGCCAACCCCGUGCAACCCCAUACACCGGGUGCCGCAACGCCAGACACGAGUAUCUCAACCUCGAUCCCCUUAGCAAAGCAUGGAGACAGCAAAUGAUGAAGCUCCCCCCUUUCGCGCGGCUGGUAUUUGAUCUGACAUUGCCUCCACGGGACACCAGCCAGUCGCCAGAAAUAUACGGAGCCCAUAAUAUACCAGAGAAGGUCUGUUGUGUUGUGGAAACAAGGGACAUUACGACACUGGUUAGGUCGAUCUCUUUAACUACAGUGAUGCGGGCGAAGAGUGAAGUAAUAUCAUUUGAUGUUGUCUUUAUCCAGGAGGAUGGGAUACCUGUCAAAGGUAUGGAGGGUUUGAAGGGCCAGCUUGUUGCACUGAGCCAGGCAAAAGGCACCGCGGAGGCGAAUAAGCGGAAGAAUGCCAUUGCUGGGGUUCGUGAGAUUGACGGCUAG